CAUGGCGAGGCGGUUGACAGAUCUCGGGGGUGUUUUUGCGCGCUGGUCCUCGCGCGUCUUUUCCGUGGAGCUGGACGGAGCGCCUUUUUAUUUUGGGCUUCAGGAGGAGAAGCGAGGAGAAAAUGCGCCCCUGACUUUCCCCAAGCUCCAGUGGGGGGGCAAUAAGUGCUACUCCCUUCUGGUGUGCAGCAGCGACAGGAUCAGGAGAGAGAAGUGUUACUGGGAGCUGAAAGACAGGCUGAUGGGAGACUUGCCUCCAGGCGCGGACUUCUCCAACAUGUUGUCGUUUCUUCCCGAUGCUAAAAACUCUCUCAUCAAGGGCUACUUCUUAAAAGGCAACUCUGAGAAUUCCUCCCUGAUUGAGAGACUUUUGGGUCAUUUAGAGCAGCAUGAUCCGGUGUUGGUGUGUUCUUACUCGUGGGGUGAAGAUGAGCUGUGGACUCAGCACGUGUGGACAAAUCCAGAGAGAGAAAUGAUGGAAGUGGCUCCAAAGUUUUACAUGGUGCCAGCAGCAGCGCCAACAUGCCACCCAUCUACUCUCAACAUGAUCAACUCUGACGUCUUCUACAGCCUUGAUGAGGCCUGUGACGUUUUAAAAGAGUGUGGUGACAUCAUCCCAGAGACCGCGUCAGUGCUGAGGACGCUUCCCAGCAGAGCCGGAGGAAAACCAGACUUCCCUGUUAUUGUCAUCGAGGGCCUGGAUGCUACAGGUAAAACUACUCUUACAGAAUCGCUAAGGGACACUCUUGGGGCCACCCUUUUGAGGUCCCCUCCCCAGUGUCUGUCCUCUUGGAGAGCCCGGUUCGAUCAAGAGCCGCCCCUCAUUCGCAGAGCCUUCUAUGCUCUCGGGAACUACAUCACUGCAGAGCAAAUAUGCCAAGAGGGCAUGAAGGCCCCCGUCAUUGUUGACAGAUUUUGGCACAGCACAGCAGCUUAUGCCAUCGCCACGGCAGUAAGUGGCCCAGUCAGUGCCCUUCCACAAGACGGCUCUGAGGUGUAUCGCUGGCCAAGUGACCUGCUCCAGCCCAGCCUGGUGGUCUUACUCACUCUGGACCCCGAGGAGAGGAAGAGGAGGCUGAGGGACAGAGGUCAAACAAAGACAGAUGAGGAACAAGAGCUGGAUCACAACCAACUCUUCAGACUCAGAGUGGAGGAAGCUUAUCGGAGGAUCCGUGGCCCAGUUUGCGUCACCGUGGAUGCGAGUCCCUCUGCAGACCUAGUGCUCCAACAAGUGCUGCUUUUAAUUAGGGCCAAAUGCCACUUGUAAACAGUUCUCCCACUCCCACUGCCGGCAGCCGAGCAUCAAGUGGAUG